GAUUGCUUUUGCACCGGAAGUCCGCGAGCGAGAGAGAAGCGAGGACAAUUUCUGCCAUGGAACCGACGGCUUCGGCGGCCCUCUAUCCACCGCCGUCGCAGAAGCGGCGGAGCGCCUCAACAACUAAGGCUGAUGCAUUGGGAAACGAUGUGCUUUGCAUGAUUUUCGCUUUUCUCGACUUCGUCCAACUUAUUCGCUGUUCUGCCGUCUGCAAAUCAUGGUGCGCGGCGAUUAAUAAACUCAAGUUGCUGCAAAUACAGUAUCAAAAGCAACGACAGUUGGAAUCUGCAGGCCUUCAUGAUGGAGCUACGUGUUCUGAAAGAUCAAUAAAUCUUCAGAUGGAGCAAUUGGCCAUGGAACGACAAAGGUUGUCUUUGCAACAAGGUCCUGUUGAUGUCUUUAAGUGGAAAGGUCACUCGGUAGGGUUUAACAAAUGCAGAAUGAAGAUGGGUUUGGUUCUGACUGGUGUUGGAGACAAGGUGAUGCGCCUAUGGUCAGCAGAGAGUUGCAAAGGGUUGGAUGAAUAUUGUCUUCCUGAUAAAGCGCCAUUAAUUGAUUUUGAUUUUGAUGAAGGGAAGGUUGUUGGUCUUUUGGGAACUCGCAUGUGUAUAUGGAGGCGCAUUGGGACUAGAGAUCUAUUUUCCUCUCGUGAUGGAUUGUUUACAAGUGGAUUGUGUAUGCGUUAUGUAGACCCACUGGCUGCAGUUGGGUGUGAAGAUGGGAAAGUCCGUAUAUAUGACAUGUACAGCCGAAAGAUUUCACAAAUAAUCAAGAUGCAUCCUGGCUCCGUAUCGUGUUUAUCUUACACUGAUGAGCAACUGAUUAUCAGUGGCUCAUCUCAUGGUGGUAUAUCAAUGUCGGAUCUUUCUUCAGAUCAGCGAGUGGCUACCUUGCGCACAUCUAGUUAUGCAGAUGGUAUAAAGUGUCUGUGCUUCAAUCCAGCCUCAUAUUUACUAUUUGCUGGAUCUACUGCUGGCCAUGCUUCUUGUUGGGACCUGAGAACAUCGAGACGCCUGUGGGAUACACGAGUAAGUCCAAACGUGAUUUACUCUAUGCAUCACCUGCAGAAUGACAAAUCAACAUUGGUAAUUGGAGGAAUCGACGGUGUGUUAAGAGUCAUCGACCAGGACAGCGGAGAGAUCAUUUCCAGAUACAUUGUGGACGAAAACAGAAACCCGUCUCAUCGCUCAACUAGCAAAAACCAGAACCCCUCGAUUGAGCACAAACAAGCUAUAAGGCUUUCGGAGGAUGACCAGGACCGUCUAUACCUAACGCCGUCGUCACGGCCUCCUAUAACAUGCCUGUGUGUCGGAAUGCAGAAAGUUGUCACAGCCCAUGGCAACAAGCACAUCCGAGUAUGGAAGUUCAGAGGUAAAUAAUAUGACCAUUCCAGAUUAUUUUCCUACAGUUUGAUGUGUGAUCUGAAAUUGGGUAUUUCUGUAUUGCAAUAAGUUAAUGAUAUAGUAAAAUUUUAUUAUAGUUGUCUGAUAUUUGAAGAUUGAUUCAUCACUAAUUUUUUAAAUUUUUUGCCCAAUACUGGAAGUUAAACCACAGCUCCUCCUACUACAUGUACGGCCCAUACAUUUGGCAUAGGUGAUGAAUAUUGUAAAAAUAUGUGUGAAAUAUUUUUAGAUAAGAGUUUUAAAAA